CCAAAGCAGCCUGCCACUCGCGCGAAUACUGUCGCCAGCCGAUCCCGACGCCUAUUCCGUCGCCUAUCCCAUCGCCUAUUCCAUCGCCUAUCCCAUCGCCCUUCCGUCGCCUAUCCCGUCGCCGAUCUCGUCGCCGCAGCCGAUCGUGCGACCAGCUGCUCCAAUGACGCGCCCGGCACCGCACGCCAGCCGCGCCUAGCAAGUUUCACUCCUUUCAAAACCCCUACCUUACGCCCCGACUCCUGACUCCCGAUCCGCCUGCUUCGCUCCGAUUGCUCCCUUCCGCACGCGCGCGCUUUCGAAUCCUCUCCACCUUCGUCGGGGAGAGCUCUGAAGCGAUUAAGUAGUCGCAUUAGUCCUAAUCGCAGCAGCCUCCUCCUCGCUCGCAGCAGCGGACGAGCCGCAGAUGGCGCGCGCGGACGCGCGGGUGGUGGCGAGGCGCGCAGCGGCGCUGGUGCAUCGUCACGUGGCAGGCCGCGAGGGCGCGUUGCGAGAAGCCGCGACAGCAGCAGUAGGCGCGGGCAGGUGUCUGGGGGCAAGGGUGGGAGAAGCGGCAACCACGACUGUGAUAGCGUCGGCAACGGCGACGACAACCUCAGCAGAGGUUGCUGCAGCAGGCGGAGGAGCAGGGGCAGCGUGCGCGCUUGGAUCUAGAGCCGCGUGCUGCGAUGUGAUUGGUACACGCGGCGCAGCACAUGCAACGGCGGCCGCAGCAGCAGCAGCUAGGGGGGAGUUUGCGGCGUGUGGUGCAUUGUCGGGAGUGCCAGUGGCAGCAGCACUUUCAUCGUCGGCGGCGACACUAGCAUUCGCGAGGGGCUCGAAUACACUGCUGCUGACAGGCGCGUGGCCCGGCCUGGUGCACGAACAGCGACUAAGAUACGUGGCUGGGUGUUUCGGUGCAGCGAACAACGCCGCUCAUACCAUGGCCGCUCUCACCACCUCUGCCAAAACCACCGUCUCCGCCACCACCGCCACCACCACCCCUGCCAUCCCCAUGCACCUGAGAGCAAUCUCUUCCUUCUCUGCUGCCGCGGCUGGCGCUGGCGGGGCGAAGAGAGGCGCUUCAGCCACCGCAAGCAAACCGAAAACGCACUGGGCGCGGGUGGUGGGCGCGACGCUGAUGGGGUCUGCCAUGACCGUGGGCGUGCUGCUCAGCACGCAGGAUCCCCAAACCAUUAGCAAGUGGUCCUUCACAGCAGCGGACGCCUGCACACCUUUCCUGCGCCUGCUCGACCCCGAGGUGUCCCAUCGUCUCGCCCUCCUCUCCGCCGAGCUGGGCCUCGUCCCCCACGAGCACCGCCCCGACCCGCCGUCCCUCUGCGUGGCGCUGUGGAACCGCGCCUUCCCCAACCCCGUGGGGCUGGCGGCGGGGUUUGACAAGGACGGGCGGGCGAUCGACGGGCUGCUGGGCAUGGGGUUUGGGUUCAUGGAGAUUGGCAGUGUCACGCCUGCACCGCAGCCCGGGAACCCCAAGCCGCGCUGCUGGCGCAUUCCGGAGCGUGGGGCGGUGAUCAAUCGCUACGGGUUCAACAGUGAGGGCAUAGCAGCAGUGGCAGAGCGCCUCGGUGCGCAGCAGGGCAGGCGGCGGGCGGUCGAGAAGCCCGAGGGGCUCAAGACCGGCAAGGACCGCGCAGCAGCGGUGGCACGCGCGGGCAGGCGCGGACUGGUGGGGGUGAACCUGGGGAAGAACAAGUGGACGGACGACGCGGCGGAGGACUUUGUGCAGGGCAUGCAUACCCUGGCGCAGUAUGCUGACUUCCUGGUGGUGAACGUGUCGUCGCCCAACACGCCCGGGCUGCGGAAAUUGCAGGGGCGUCGCCACCUCCACGGGCUCCUGAAGAAGGUGUUGGCAGCCCGCGAGGAGAUGCAGUGGGGCGAGGAGGGCCCUCCGCCGCUGCUGCUCAAGAUCUCCCCUGACCUCUCACAGCAGGACAUGGCAGACAUCGCCGCUGUUGCGCUCUCCCUCAAGCUCGAUGGCCUGAUUGUGGGCAACACCACGGUGUCGCGGCCGGACAGUGUGCUUGGGCUGCUGCACGCGGACGAGCCGGGGGGCCUCAGCGGCCGCCCGCUGCUGGAGCCCUCCACACACACGCUCAGCGAGAUGUACCGCCUCACCAAGGGCCGGAUCACGCUAAUAGGAUGUGGAGGCAUUUUCAGUGGUGCUGAUGCAUAUGCCAAGAUCCGGGCGGGGGCAUCGCUGGUGCAGAUAUACACGUCCAUGGUGUAUGAAGGCGCAGGGGUGCUGCCCAGAAUCAAGAGCGAGCUGGCGGAGUGUCUGGCACGGGAUGGGUUCGAGUCCGUGGAGGAUGCCGUGGGCGCCGACCACAGGGCAGCAGCGCUGCCCGUGCAUGCAUGAGGGCAUGAGAUGGCAUCGGGUGGGAUGGGACGGGACGGGAUGGGAUGGCAUGGGAUGGGAUCUGUGAUGUGUUCAUCUGUGUUGUGUCAGCGAGGGUGGUGUUGUGUUUGGCAUGGGUGUUAUGCUGUGCAUGCCACCGUGUGUUGUGUCAUUGAUUGGUGUAGUCAACAAGGUGGUAGUCUACUGUGUGGCGCCAUGUGUCAACAUGUAUUUUGUAUAUGUUACAGGCUGGAUAGGUGCAUGCUCAUAGAGAGUACAACACCUAAUGUUAUAUUCCCUUGUACCUCAUCAUUCUAUUCAAUUUGUUACU